AUGUCACCCCUCCCUUAUGAAGGACAUAUCCAGUCCUUACAAAGCACACGAACGUCUGAACGUGGAUACAAUCCGGAGGACUCGGCAGCCGAUUGGGAUGCUCUGUCUGAUGUAGCGCGCUCGACCAUCAAGCUAACCUUAUUGGUUGAUCUAGCGAUUAGAUACAAAGACGUCAAGCCAGCUAACACGCUAUUCAAGACAAUUUGCAAUGCUUACGAAAAGAAUACCCGCGCUCGCCGUCUCCUGCUCGAGGAUAAUUUUUGGACUGCUCGCCACGACCCUUCCGCUCCGAUUGCAAAAUGGAUUGCUCGAGUUCGGACUGCCGCUUCCGAUCUCAAAAGCGUCAAACUGACGCCAGCCGAUCAACAGAUCUGUGAUCGGUUACUCCAAGGUCUGGAUGACUCCUGGAAGACUAUCCGGGACCAUCUCGUCUAUUCACCAAACGAAGUGUCCCUCGAUGAUGCAAUUGGUGCACUGGAAGCGCACGAAGUCUCAACAACGGCUUCACUCGAUCAUUCAGCCUCGGACCCAGUGUUUUCCGCCUCCGCCGCAAAGACAAAAACACGGGUUGGAUGCUAUAACUGCGGCCAAAGAGGCCAUCACUCAUCCAACUGCCCCAACCCUUCGCUCAAGAACAAAACAAAGGCUAAAGCAAACCUGGUCGAGACUUGGGCUGGUGCGGUAACAGCGGUUCCCUUAGGAAGCUAUGGAUCAAAUGAAGACAACAACGACGACGACAGCUUCGAUGAUGAAAUCGACGUCGUCUGGGGAUAA